AUGACUCGAAUUACAAAACCUGUCGAAGCCGACGCCAUAGUCAUCGGUGGGGGCUUUGGCGGCUGCAAUUCACUGUACAGGCUCCGCAACCUUGGCCUCUCCGUGAAACUGAUUGAGGCAGGCAGUGCCUUUGGCGGUGUGUGGCAUUGGAACCGCUACCCAGGGGCUCGUGUCGACUCAGAUAUGCCAUCUUAUCAAUUCAAUAUCCCUGCUGUUUAUAAGGGGUGGAAUUGGACCGAGCGAUUUCCCGGCGACGAAGAACUCCGACGGUACUUCACACACGUUGACUCCGUGCUAGGGUUGAGUCAAGAUACACUUUUCAAUACCAUCGUCACUGGUGCGAAUUAUAAUGCUGCGACUGGCCGUUGGAAUGUUCGGACUGAUACUGGCCUGACGGCUUCUUGCAAGUAUCUUAUUGCGGCGACCGGCUCCUCCUACAAGAAGCAUUAUCCCCAAUUCAAUGGCCUGCAAACCUACGGUGGUCAGCUAGUUCACGCUGCAAACUACCCUGAAAACCUCAGCGUGAAGGGGAAGCGUGUUGGAGUUAUUGGAAAUGGGGCUUCGGGUCUACAAAUCGUCCAGAGUCUCGCCAAGGAAGACUGCGAUCUGACUGUCUUCAUCCGCACGCCUUGUUUUGCUGUUCCAAUGAAACAGCGGUCUAUUCCACCAGAGGAGGCCGAAAUGCUCAAAAGCUACUAUGACUGUCUCUUCGACCGGUGCUACGACUCUCUUACCGGCUUUCCUUACAACACUCGAUCCCAGUCUGCACAUCAAGCAACACCCGAGGAGAGAAAGGAGCUGUUCGAUCAGCUUUGGGAACGUGGUGGCUAUAGCUUCCUGGUAUCGAGCUAUCACGAUUUCCUGUUGGACGAGAAGAGCAAUGCAAUGUUCUACGAUUACUGGGUGCAACGGACGCGUGCUCGCAUGACUGACCGCAACAAAAUGGACCUGGUCGCACCGCUAAAGCAGUACAUGCUAGUUGGAACGAAGCGACCGAGUCUGGAGCAAGACUACUAUGAGAUGAUUGACCAACCUAACGUGAAAUUGCAUGACUUGAAGCGGUCACCAAUUGUUGAAUUUGAUUCCACCGGCAUCGUCACGGGUAGCAGCGAACAAAGUCACCACCAUGAUGUUGAUGUCUUGAUAUUCGCUACCGGCUAUGAUGCCGUGACAGGCAGCUUACUGGAUCUCGGGAUCACGGACAAGAACCAGGUGCCACUCACCGACAAGUGGAAGAAUGGUGUUCUGACCCAUCUGGGAUUGAUGAUUCCCGAUGCUCCCAAUCUGUUCAUUAUUUAUGGCCCCCAAGCUCCAACAUCAGUGGCCAACGGGCCACCUUUCAUUGAGAAAGAAGUCGAUUGGAUUUGCAAAAUCAUUUCAAAGAUGCAGGACGAGGGUCUUGGCUCAAUCGAACCCACGCAAAAAGCAGCAGAGGAGUGGCGAGAGCAAGUCAUUGCUGUCAGCAACCAAACACUGUAUCCCAAGACAGACUCUUGGUACAUGGGGGCCAACAUUCCAGGAAAGCGGCGGGAACCGCUCAUCUAUGUUGGUGGUAUGCCCAGCUGGUGGAAGAGUUGCACCAGUGCUUUGGAGACCUGGGAAGACUUCCUUGUAUAUUAG